UCCCCCCUCUUCUCUCUUCACAAUGUCCACCGAACAAACCCCCGUUUCAACCGACGCCUCUCAGGCACCAAUCAACCCUCUGGCCGCCCAUCCCAUCAACCCUCAAGAUGCCCAGGGACGACAGCCCGCCUCCUCCUCCGCCCCCUCCUCCGAACUCACCAGUGGGAAGGUGAGGCUCAAGGGCGCUCUGCGUCACUUUGCCGACUUCCCCAUCAAGGGCAUCGACUUUGUCGACAUCAUGCCUCUCUUCCUCGACCCCACCGUCCACCAGGCUCUCGGCGAAGUCCUGGAGUUGCAGGUCAAGGAGGGUUUCCAGACCCUGCCCGACGUGAUCGUCGGACUUGACGCCCGCGGUUUCCUCUUCGGUCCCGGCAUGGCCCUCCGUCUCGGUACCGGCUUUGCCCCGGUUCGCAAGCAGGGCAAGCUCCCCGGCCCGUGCGUCACCGCCGAGUAUCAAAAGGAAUACGGCUCCGACUUCUUCCAGAUGCAGGAGGACGCUAUCAAGCCUGGCCAGAAGGUUCUGAUUGUUGACGACAUCAUUGCCACCGGCGGCUCCGCGAAGGCGGCGGCAGACCUCGUCAAGAAGCUGGGUGGUGACAUUAUCGGCUACCUUUUCAUCCUCGAGAUCCCUGGCUUGAAUGGCCGCGAGAAGCUCGGAGACACCAAAACCAUCAUCCUCCUCGAAGACGCAUAAACCGCUUUCUGUUCGGAUGGCGGCCCCGUCGGCCCUAUACACAUAUCCGAACAACCGCAUCCACUGUUGGUAAACAGGGCUACCGUCUCUAUUCGACAAAGUCGGAACGACCUGGGCAUGCGACGGUAUAUAGAUGCCUACCGUGAAACGACUCGGCCUCGGGUUUCCAGGGGGUGGAAUGGUUGAUAUUUAACUUCAUUUCGGCUCCUUUCCACAAGGAAACGCUCGAAAGAUGAUACCGCGUCGGCGUUAAGGAAUAUCAAAACUAAAGGUUGGAUGGCAUACUGAUUGACAAAGGCAACAAAU